GAACUGUGCAAUGGGGAAUUUGAAGUUCGCCAUGAAAUAGAACAAGCUGAAAGAAGAGCUAAAUUUGAACAAGAAUGGUUGGAGCGUUCUCAAAGAGUUUCAUUUGAACAUGAAGAAAGAAAUAGGGAAUUCCAGAUCACAUGAUAGAACCAUAUCCCCAGCAUUUGCUGAAAAACAUACUUGAUAAAAUUCGAGUGGUGAGAAUAGUCAAUUUUGGAUCUAUUGAAGAUCUUGAAGAGGAAAUUCGUCUUGAUUACAUGAAUACGCUACGAUUUGUAAUUUUUGACUAUAUUAUGCUUGACCCUGCUGAGAGAGAUAGACUUAACAUCAAAACUUAUCCAAAACCCUUCUUUCGGGUUUGUAUAAGAGCACCAGUGCCUUGGCACCAAACAGUCAUAACCAACAAACAGAUGAUAGAGCAUCAUCUUUUCAUAGUAAACCCUGUGCUUGUUGCUCUUCGCGAUUUAUGGUUGGAUGAGUACAAUGAUAUGCUGAUUGUUCCUGUAAGUCAGCUAGAAGACUCCAAUCCGUUUCCGUUAGAACUUACAGAACUUGAAUCUGAAGUGGAUCGAUUGUGUGAUGAAUCUUCUGAUCGGUUGAGAAAUGAGUGGCUUCCAAAGUGCGCUGACAUAUUUUUGAAUAUGAAGUCCACAUGGCGUUCUUUAGUGCCAGAUAAAAACCGUGACUCUCUGAAACUAAUUGAAUCUUUCUUUUACUGUGCUCGAAUUCUAAUGUCCAUGCAACUGCGUACUUUGGUCAUGCGGUCUUUGCAUCACAUUUUAUCUUUAUUUGUGCGAUUCAAGGGAGGAAAUAAUUUUGGUGAAGUGUAUGCUGAUUAUGCUUGCAUAAAUAUUCCAUUGGUGACUGUCACAGUUAAGGCUUCUCCCCCAAGCACAGACCUUACUUUUUUCCCUAUGCUUGAUGACAUUAGAAAAUUUGUUCAUAACUGUUUCAGCAAAAUUUUAAAUGUCAAUUCGGAUAUUCCAUGUGUGGAAUGCCUUCUUUUCUCUGAUAUGCAGGAUUCUGGAUUGACACUGUAUCCUGUUGUUGAGUCAGAGAGAGAAGUGACAGCAAUCAUACAAGAAGCUUUGGACAGCUUUGAUACUAACAUGGCUGGUCCCAACGCUUUUUUAAGAGAAUACGAACCUUAUCUGUAUAUCCUAGAUGGUACAGCUGAAAAAGAUGUCAAGGAUCUGUUUGAAAUAGUACCACUGCCAUUUCUAAAGGAUUUUGCAGCAGAAAUUGAAAAACUUGAAGAGAAAAUCUUAGAUGUGGAUUUCUUGCGACGAACAAUUCCUUUAAAUUUUAUAAGUCUUAACUGUGCAGAGGUGAAUGAUACAAUGGUUAACAUUUUAAGUGACUUAAAAAAUUACAUAACAGACUUCUUUGUUACCAAAAUACGUGCUGAAAACAAACUAGUAUGUCGUACUUUUGAAGAUAUAUGUAACAGAGUUAGCGAACUUCCUGAAAAGACAGCUGAAUUAGUUGAACUUACUCAUUUUAUGAUUCAAAGCAGAGACGUAACUGUAUUUGAUUUAAAUAUUCAGAUCUUAAACAUUGCUGAGAAUCUACUUUUCAUUAUAGACCGUACCAUUCUACCUGGUGAAGACAUUCAAUUAAACUCAAGAGUAUUCAACUGGCCCCGUGAAAUAGAGGUGUCAUUAGAAUUGGCAAACACACGCUUAUCCCAUCGGAGGGAUAUUGUUGAAAACGCACUGAAGAAUCGUUUGGACGAGCUUAAUAUCUCGAUUGCCAAGCAUGGAAAGGAAUUAGAUUUGUUUCGCCGGAAAGAUCCUCCUCUUCUUACUAUGGAAGAAAUGGAAGAAAGUGCAGCAGCCAUUAAUGACAUACAGGAAAAACUUUUUGAGGACAAAGUUAUUGCUAAUGAAAUUAAUGAAGAAGAGGGUCUUCUAGAAUUUGAUUUGACCCCCUUUACAAACCUGAACAACAUGUUAGUGGUUGUAGAACCUUUCCACCGCUUGUGGCAUACUGUCUUAAACUUCCACAAACAAUAUGACAAGUGGUACUAUGGGCCCUUCUUAAAACUGGACGCUGAGGAAAUUGCGGAGGAGGUAGAGUCAACAUGGCGUACACUUUACAAGCUAGCAAAGACUCUUCAGGACACUCCAGGAGCAAAACGAAUUGCUGAAAUGGUUCGAGCCAAAGUGGAAAAAUUCCGUCAAUAUGUGCCUGUUCUCACAACAAUUUGUAAUCCAGGCAUUCAAGAGCGGCAUUGGGAAAAGUUAAGUGAGGUUGUCGGAGUACCUCUUAAGCCUGAUGAAAAUACUUCUCUUGAAGACAUGAUAGAAGUGGGACUACCGCAACACUUACAAGCUCUAGAAGAGAUUGGUGUUGCGGCAACAAAGGAGUAUGCUCUAGAAAAGAACCUUAAAAAAAUGAAAGAUGAGUGGCAGGACAUGAAGUUUGAUCUGAACUUAUAUCGUGAUUCUGGAGUGUCUAUAUUGUCAGCAGUAGAUGAUAUACAAAUGCUGCUUGAUGACCAUAUUCUUAAAGCUCAAACAAUGCGGGGAUCUCCAUAUGUCAAGGCUUUUGAAGCAGAUAUGGUUGCCUGGGAGGAAAAGUUGAUAAGCAUGCAAGACAUAUUGGAUGCCUGGCUCACAUGUCAAGCAACAUGGCUCUACCUGGAACCAAUCUUCAGCUCUGAGGAUAUCAUGAGGCAAAUGCCUCAGGAAGCAGCUAAUUUUAGAAAAGUGGACAAGUCUUGGAGAGCUAUUAUGGCAAAUACUGUGGCUGAUCGGCAUGUCCUUAUAGCUACUGACUACCCAAAUAUGUUAGAGUUGCUUAGAGAAAAUAAUGUACUUCUAGAGGAAAUACAGAAAGGACUAAAUGACUAUCUUGAAAAGAAACGACUAUUCUUCCCAAGGCUAGUACCCUGUAUAUUUUUUAUUUUUUUGUUCAAUUAUAUAAUUUGUUUGCACAAAUUAUUCUAUUUAAAAAAAAUUUGUAGAUUUUUCUUCCUUUCAAAUGAUGAGCUUUUAGAAAUUUUGUCUGAAACAAAGGAUCCAAUGAGAGUUCAGCCUCAUCUGAAAAAGUGCUUUGAAGGUAUUAACCGUUUAGAGUUCAACCAGGACUGCGAAAUUCUUAGUAUGAUUUCUGCUGAGUCAGAAACAGUGCCUCUUAUUAGUAGAAUUCAGCCACAUGAUGCAAAGGGAAUGGUUGAAAAAUGGCUUGUACAAGUUGAAGAUCUAAUGGUGAAGUCCAUGCGAGCAAUUGCAUUGGAUGCUGUGGCAGCUUAUUUCAACUCAGCAAGAUCACUUUGGGUUCUCAAUUGGCCAGGAAUGAUAGUUCUCUGUGGGAGCACUAUUCAUUGGACUGCUGAAGUAUCUGAAUCUAUCACAAGUGGAUCUAUAAAGAGCUAUUUAGACAAGAGCAACCAACAAAUUGAUGACAUGGUUGAGCUUGUACGAGGUAAACUCUCUAAGGGAUCUAGAAUUACAGUUGAAGCUCUCAUAGUGAUUGAUGUACAUGCUCGAGAUGUAGUAAGGAUGCUAGUAGCAAAUCAAGUUUCGUCCUUAUUAGAUUUCAACUGGACUAGUCAGUUACGUUAUUACAUGAAAGAUAGUAAUGUUUAUGUGUCCAUGAUUACCACAGAGUUGGCCUACGGAUAUGAGUAUCUAGGUAACACAGGGCGAUUAGUUAUAACGCCCCUCACAGACCGUUGUUACAGGACUUUGAUGGGUGCUCUGCGCUUGAAUUUGGGUGGUGCACCAGAAGGGCCUGCUGGCACUGGAAAAACUGAAACUUCAAAAGAUCUAGCUAAAGCUGUUGCCAAACAAUGUGUUGUUUUUAACUGCUCAGAUUCUCUUGACUAUAAAGCCAUGGGUAAAUUUUUCAAGGGACUAGCUUGUUCUGGAGCCUGGGCUUGUUUUGAUGAAUUCAACAGAAUUGAGGUGGAAGUAUUGUCUGUCAUUGCCCAGCAAGUACUCUGUAUUCAAAUGGCAAUCAUCAAUAAAUUGGAAAAAUUUGUUUUUGAGGGAGUGGAACUGAAACUGAAUCCAACCUGCACAAUUUUCAUAACCAUGAACCCUGGAUACGCUGGUAGACAGGAGUUACCAGACAACUUAAAAGUUCUUUUCCGUACAGUAGCUAUGAUGGUCCCAGACUAUGCAAUGAUAGGAGAGAUUUCCCUGUAUUCCAUGGGAUUUGUAAAUGCUAGAAGUUUAUCAGAAAAAAUUGUGGACACUUACAAGCUGUGCUCUGAACAACUUUCUUCUCAAAGCCACUAUGACUAUGGCAUGCGUGCUGUUAAAACAGUCCUAACAGCUGCUGGUAAUUUAAAACUUAAAUAUCCAAAUGAAGAUGAGUCUUCAUUGGUAUUGCGUGCAAUAACUGACGUUAAUUUACCCAAAUUCCUUUCUGAGGAUGUACCGCUUUUUUCUGGAAUAAUCUCAGAUCUUUUUCCUGGCAUUAAAUUACCAAAGCCAGAUCGCGAUGAGCUGUUACAGAAAUUGCAGAAAAACUUGGAGGCAAAGAAUUUACAAGCAACUGAAUGGUAUGUUGAAAAAGUUAUUCAAUUGUACGAAAUGAUCCUUGUUCGUCAUGGCCUCAUGCUUGUUGGUGAUCCUAUGGGAGGAAAAACAUGUGCAUACAAGAACUUAGCAGAUUCUUUGAGUGAUCUUCAAAGUGAUUCUAAAUCAACAAUGGAAGAACACAAAGUCAACUACAGGGUAAUAAACCCAAAGGCUAUUACAAUGGGCCAGCUUUAUGGUCAGUUUGAUCCCGUCUCUCAUGAAUGGUCAGAUGGUGUUUUGGCAAAAUCUUUUCGAGAAUUUUCAAGUAGUCUUUCAGCUGACCGUAAAUGGAUUUUAUUUGAUGGUCCUGUUGAUGCUGUUUGGAUAGAAAACAUGAAUACAGUUCUAGAUGAUAAUAAGAAACUUUGUUUGAUGUCUGGAGAAAUUAUUCAGAUGACAAGCAAAAUGAACAUGAUUUUUGAACCAGCCGACCUAGAGCAAGCUUCUCCUGCAACUGUCUCGAGAUGUGGGAUGAUUUAUAUGGAGCCAUCUAAGCUUGGAUGGCAACCCCUCUGCAAAUCAUUUCAUAGUUCUCUCAGCUCUAAAAUACUAGAAGAGCAAUUUGAACUUAUUGAGGAACUCACUGCAUGGAUCAUACCACCAACCAUACAGUUUGUACAGAAUUCUUGUAGACAAUUUGUGUGGUCCUCAGAACUACACAUGUUUCAAUCAUAUUCCCGCCUGUUAACCUGUCAUCUUGAAGGGGAAACCCAAGUGAGCACUGUUUGGUUACAGUGCGUAUUUUUGUUUUGUGUGAUAUGGGGUUUUGCUUCAACCAUUACGGGAGACUCAAGGAAGAAAUUUGAUACAUUUUUUCGGCACUUAUUAGAUGGGAGAAAUGAUGAACAUCCAAGACCCAAAACAUUUAAGCUCAGCAAAUCACAACUAUUCCCAGACAAAGGAACUGUUUUUGAAUGGGUCUUUGAUAAGAAGAAUAAUGGUUCCUGGAUUUCUUGGUUGGACACAAUGGAAAAAGUCUCAUUUCCACCAUCAGCCAAAAUAAAUGAAUUAAUAAUACCUACUACUGAAUCAGCUUGUCAAAGAUAUUUCCUGAAGAUGUGUCUCUCCAAUGAUGUUCCUAUUCUUUUUGUUGGGCCAACUGGAACUGGAAAAUCUGCCAUUGUUCUGAACCAUCUCAUGAGCUUACCUAAAGACAAAAUUCUUCCAAAUGUUGUCAAUUUCUCUGCAAGAACAUCUGCCAAUAUGACUCAAGAAAUUGUUAUGUCAAAACUUGACAGGAGGCGGAAGGGAGUGUAUGGUCCUGCAAUGGGAAAACAAUAUGUUUUAUUUGUAGAUGACGUGAGUUUGCCCAUGAAAGAUACAUAUGGAGCACAACCUCCUAUAGAGCUCCUUCGUCAGUGGAUUGAUCAUCGUCAUUGGUAUAAUUUGAAAGACACUACUAGAAUUGAUCUGGUGGAUAUUUUAUUUGUUGGAGCAAUGAGCCCUCCUGGAGGAAGUUCAAAUCAAGUCACAUCUCGUUUCCUAAGACACAAUCAGAUUGUAUCAAUUGAUUCAUUUGAAAAUGAAACCCUAACAAAAAUGUUUCAUUCCAUUCUGGAGUGGCACUUUGCUAAAGGCUUCAGCUCUGAUGUUUCAAGAUAUGCUAAGCCAAUAGUAGAAGCUACAAUGGAAAUUUAUCAUGAGUCAAUGGCUCGAUUCCUGCCAACUCCUGCUAAGUCUCACUACACUUUCAAUCUUCGUGACUUUUCUCGUGUCAUCAGAGGAAUUAUAUUGGUGCCAUCAUCACACCUUAGUGAUACUGAUAAGCUAUUCAGGCUGUGGACCCAUGAAACCUAUAGAGUGUUUUAUGAUCGUCUUAUAGAUGAUAUAGACCGCAAAACAUUUUUUGAUAUGAUUCGAUCAGCAUGUAGGACUCAUUUGAGAGCACCCCUAGAAAAAGUACUCCAUGACCUUAUUCCAGAGGGAGAAAAUGACCUAAAAGAUGAACACUUGAGAGACCUUUUCUUUGGCAAUUACAUGGAUCCUGACGCAGAUCCAAAAAUAUACACUGAGGUUGAAAGUUACGACCUACUUGUUGAAAAGAUGCAAUACUACUUAAAUGAGUACAACCUCUUAUCACGCACUCCAAUGUCACUAGUUCUGUUUAAAUUUGCUAUGGAACACAUAUCCCGCAUUAGUCGAGUUUUGCAACAAGACAAUGGACACUGUUUGCUUGUUGGCAUAGGUGGCUCUGGAAGGCAGUCGGCAACAAAACUAGCUACCAGUAUGGCUGAAUAUGGGCUGUUUCUCAUUGAAAUCAAUAAAAAUUAUGGGAUGAAUGAAUGGCGUGAUGAUAUUAGAUCCCUUCUCAGAAAGGCAGGUGUUGAAACAAAGCCUCAUGUUUUUCUCUUCAAUGAUUCCCAGAUCCAAGAUGAAGCAUUCAUAGAAGACAUUAAUAUGAUUUUGAACACAGGAGAUGUUCCAAAUCUGUUUGGGUCUGAAGAUAAAGCAGAUAUACUUGAAAAAAUGAUGUCUGCUGCUCAAAGUUGUGGGAAAAGAAUAGAUUCAACUCCACUGGCCCUUUACAAUUAUUUUGUGGAACGAGUCAGAAACAGUCUUCAUUUAGUUUUGGCAAUGUCACCAAUAGGAGAUUCUUUCCGUGAGCGUAUUAGAAUGUUUCCUUCUUUGAUUAAUUGCUGCACUAUUGACUGGUUUACCACAUGGCCAGAAGAUGCACUUGAUCGAGUGGCUACUGUUUUCCUUAAAGAAAUUGAAAUGGAUGAUAAAGUGCGGAAGUCCUGUGUUACAUUGUGUAAGAAGUUUCACCUGUCUGUGCACACUGCCACCUCUGCUUAUUUUCAAAAAACAAAAAGAUUAACUUAUGUAACACCAACAUCAUAUCUUGAACUUUUGCACAUGUUCAAAAAGCUAUAUGAUGUGAAAGUUGAGCAAAUCAGCAAAAUGGCUAAUAGAUAUGAAGUGGGAUUGGAGAAGUUGGACUUUGCUGCUGGUCAGAUUGCUCUGAUGAAAGAGGAACUGACACAAUUGCAACCUCAACUAAUUGAUACUUCCCUGAAGACAGAGAAGUUAAUGAUUAAAAUUGAGCAGGAUACUGUAGUUGUGGAAGCAAAGAAAGAAAUCGUAGCAGCUGAUGAAGCAGUUGCUAAUGAGGCUGCUGCUGCAGCACAGGCCAUUAAAGAUGAUUGUGAAUCAGAUCUUGCUGAAGCCAUACCUGCCUUGGAGUCUGCUAUUCAGGCUCUGAAUACUUUAAAACCAGCCGAUAUUACUGUGGUGAAAUCUUUGAAAACCCCUCCCCAUGGAGUGCGCCUAGUAAUGGAAGCAGUCUGUGUCAUGAAAGGCAUCAAAUCGGAAAGGAGGCCGGAUCCGAGUGGGUCAGGACGAAUGAUUGAGGACUAUUGGGGUCCUUCCCAAAAGAUUUUGGGUGACAUGAAGUUCCUUGAUAGCCUAAAAACAUAUGACAAGGACAAUAUCCCCCCAUCAAUUAUGAAAAGAAUCAGAGAAAGGUACAUAAAUGAUAGAGAUUUUGACCCCGCGCACAUAAAGAAUAUUUCGGCUGCCUGUGAAGGUCUAUGUCGAUGGGUCCGAGCCAUGGAGGUUUAUGAUCGUGUGAUUAAGAUUGUAGAACCAAAGAAGGCAAAGCUUGCUGAAGCAGAAGCCGAACUAGCUGUACAAAUGGAAACAUUGAACGAAAAGAGAGCACAACUUCAAGAAGUCGUUGACAAACUUCAAGCCCUAAAUGAUGAUUUUGCAACCAUGACUCGGCGUAAGAAAGAACUGGAAGACAACAUUGAACUCUGUUCCCAAAAAAUUGUUCGGGCAGAACAGUUAAUUGGUGGUUUGGGAGGAGAAAAAGCAAGAUGGAGUGAUACUGCAAAAAUGCUGCAUGGUCUUCUUGAGAAUAUUGUUGGUGAUGUUCUUCUAUCAUCAGGAUUUACUGCGUAUUUGGGUGCAUUCACUGUUGACUUUCGGAAUAGUAUAAGAAAAUCAUGGAACCAAUCAUGCAAACAACUUAACAUACCAUGCUCAGAGGAAUUUUCAUUAAUUGAUGUUCUUGGUGAACCAGUCUCAAUAAGAACAUGGAAUAUUGCAGGCCUUCCUGUGGACAGCUUUUCGGUUGAAAAUGGUAUAAUUGUAACCCAAGCUAGAAGGUGGCCACUCAUGAUAGACCCUCAAGGACAGGCUAAUAAAUGGAUAAAAAAUAUGGAAAAGGGCAACAAUUUACAUGUAAUUAAACAAUCUGAUCCUAAUUUUCUGCGGAUUGUUGAGACUGCUAUUCAAAUGGGUCACCCAGUGAUCUUAGAAAAUAUAUUGGAGGAUAUUGAUGCUGCCUUAGAACCAGUCUUAUUGAAAUCAGUCUUUAAACAAGGUGGUAUAGAGUAUUUAAAUUUUGGAGACAAUGUAAUAGAAUACAACAAUGAUUUCCGCCUCUACAUUACAACACGCUUACGUAACCCUCAUUACCUACCCGAAGUGGCUGUGAAGGUCACUCUUCUCAAUUUUAUGAUAACACCACAAGGUUUGCAGGAUCAACUUCUUGCCAUUGUGGUUGCCAAAGAAUGCCCUGAAAUGGAGGAACGCAAAAACAAUCUAAUAAUAGAAAGUGCUGAUAACAAAAGACAAUUAAAAGAAAUAGAAGACCAAAUUCUUAUGGUAUUAUCAUCCUCAGAGGGAAAUAUUUUAGAAGAUGAAUCAGCAAUUCAAAUACUAACAUCAUCAAAAGUCUUGUCAGAGUCGAUUCAAGCUAAACAGGAAGUGGCAGUUGUGACAGAGAAAGAAAUAGACCAGACUCGGAACAUGUACAUACCUGUAUCUACUCAUUCUGCUGUCCUUUUCUUCUGCAUUUCUGAACUCGCAAACAUUGAUCCUAUGUAUCAGUAUUCUCUGCUGUGGUUCAUAAAUUUGUAUUUGCAGUCCAUUAACAACAGUGAAAAGUCAGAUAAUUUAGAAAAAAGGAUGUCAAAUUUAAACUCUUACUUCACUAUGAGUAUUUACAAAAAUGUGUGCCGCUCACUCUUUGAGAAAGACAAACUUAUAUUUUCUCUUGUUCUCUGUGUAGGCAUAUUAAGGUCAAAGCGGCGUAUCCUAGAAGAUUUAUGGACAUUCCUUUUAACUGGAGGUGUUGCCUUGGACAACCCUUAUGAUAAUCCAGACCCCUCUUGGCUUUCUGUAAAAUCCUGGUCUGAAAUAGUAAGAAUAUCUAAUCUUCCAGGGAUGGAAGAGUUCAUGAAAUCUGUACAAAAUGAUACAACUGGGUGGAAAUUAUUUUAUGACUCACCUUCUCCACAAACUGAAAAGCCACCAUCUCCUUAUGCAGAUGUAAAAGGCCUACAAAAACUUGUAAUUCUCAGAGCUUUAAGACCUGACAAGUUGGUCCCAGCAAUACAGGAAUUUAUUUCAAAUAAUUUAGGCCAGUCAUUUAUUGAACCACCACCAUUCAGUCUUCUUGACUCUUACAGUGAUUCUCACUGCGGUUCUCCUCUAGUUUUUAUACUAUCACCGGGAGCUGAUCCCAUGCUCCAACUUUUAAAAUUUGCAGAAGACCGUGGCAUUGACAAAAAUACCUUAGGGACAAUAUCUCUUGGACAAGGACAGGGGCCAAUUGCAGCAGAAAUGAUUAAUCAGGCUACCAAGAGCGGACAAUGGGUUGUGCUUCAAAACUGCCAUUUAGCAGAAAGUUGGAUGCCAGAACUUGAUCGGAUUUGUGAAGAAGUUAUUGUACCCGAACACAUCCACAAAGAUUUCCGUUGUUGGCUGACAAGCUAUCCCUCCAAAGCUUUUCCUGUUUCUGUUUUGCAAAAUGGUGUAAAAAUGACAAAUGAAGCACCUAAAGGUCUGCGAAUGAAUUUAAUGAGAUCAUACAUGUCAGAUCCUAUCAACAAUACAGAGUUCUUCAAUGCCUGUGUUAAGCAAAAGGAAUGGAGAUGUCUCCUUUUUGGUCUUUGCUUCUUUCAUGCAGUUAUUCAAGAAAGGAGAAAGUUUGGCCCUCUUGGAUGGAAUAUUCCAUAUGAAUUUAACGAAUCAGAUCUUAGAAUAUCAGUUCUUCAACUGCAGAUGUUUUUAAAUGAAUAUGAAUCAGUUCCAUUCGAUGCAUUGUCCUAUUUAACUGGAGAGUGCAAUUAUGGAGGUCGCGUAACUGAUGACAAAGAUAGGCGUCUUCUCCUGUCUCUAUUAUCUUUAUAUUACAACAAGAACACUAUUGACAUACCAAAAUUUGCAUUUUCGCCAAGUGGUCUGUACUAUAUUCCUGACAGUCCCGAUGUUGAGAGUUGUUUGGCGUAUAUUAAGAAAAUACCUCUUAACCCCUUACCUGAAGUCUUUGGUUUGCAUGAAAAUGCAGAUAUAACUAAAGACAAUAAAGAAACAUCAGAGCUUCUUCACGGGGCACUUUUGACUCAGACACAUCUAACCACUGGUGGAGCAGGAGGAGACUCAGAUGCUAUGGUUAUUGAAUUGGCUGCUGAAAUACAUCAAAAAAUACCUAAAGAGUUUGAUAUUGUAACAGUUGCUGCCAAGUAUCCUAUCAUGUACAGUAACUCAAUGAAUACUGUUUUGAAGCAGGAGUUGGUACGUUUUAACCGGUUAAUAAAAGUUGUGAAGCACACAUUAGUUGAGGUCCAGCGAGCUGUCAAAGGACUUGUUGUCAUGAAUUCUGAGUUGGAAGAGGUGUAUCGAAGUAUGGUUGUUGGUCGUGUCCCUACAGCUUGGAGUGCCAAAUCUUAUCCAUCAUUGAAGCCUCUUGGGGGAUACAUCUCAGAUUUGUUAGCUCGCCUAAAAUUUUUUCAAGAUUGGAUCACAUAUGGUUCUCCCGUUGUCUUCUGGAUAUCAGGAUUCUUUUUCACGCAGUCAUUUCUUACCGGUGUCUUGCAAAAUUUUGCUCGUAGAGAGAAAAUUCCUAUUGAUCAUCUGGGUUUUCUCUUUGAGAUUACCCCCUAUGAAAAAAAGGCCCCUGAAGACCCAUCAUAUGGAGUUUACACAAAGCGUAAAAUUAAAACAGAGGAAUUUAGUGUGUUCAUAGAGGGACUAUUUCUUCAAGGAGCUAGAUGGGACAGGGCAUCAAAGUUGCUCAAUGACCCUUUACUCAAAGUCAUGUUUGAUUUCCUUCCUGUUAUUUGGCUCAAGCCUGGAAUUAAGGCCAGUUUUAACCCCCCUCCAUCAUACAAUUGUCCAGUGUACAAGACGAGUGAAAGACGUGGAAUUCUCUCAACAACUGGUCAUUCUUCCAACUUUGUGAUGUUUAUUUUGUUGCCGUCGGAUAGACCAGAAAAUGUCUGGAUCAAUGGUGGUGUCGCUGCUCUUUGUGCCCUAGAUGACUAAUAAAAUUUGUUUGGCAGUGAUUAAA